CAGCUACUAGAAAUCCACGAUUUAAAACUCUCACGCUCGCGCUGCUCGCAUCAGUUAUCGUUUGUCGGUUUUCGUUGAGAGGUGGUGCUCGCACCUCAUUCUGAUAUUCGUAAAAAUGUUUAUAACGAUCACCUUAAUCGUUUCGGCAAUAACAGCCAUUUAUUUAUAUUUGACAUGGAACAUCGGUUACUGGAAGAAACGCAAUGUGCCCGGUCCCAAUCCUAUUCCAGGACUGGGUAACUUUCCGUCGUUUUUGCUGCAAAAACGUCCCGUCACCGAAGAAAUGGACGACGUGUAUAGGGAGUACAAAUCGAAGUACAACUUUGUCGGUGUGUUCAGCAAUCGUUCACCGAGAAUUUUGAUCACAUCAGCGGAACUGGCCAAGGAUAUACUGCUAAAGAAUUUCAAGAACUUCCACGACAAUGAGUUUGGCGAGUUGACAAACAAGGAGAUCGAUCCGCUGCUGGGUCGUAAUCCAUUUUUGUUGACCGGUGACGAGUGGAAGGCAAAACGAGCCGAAAUUACGCCCGCGUUUACUACUUCUCGAAUGAAAGCUCUAUUUCCGUUGGUAGAAGAUGUAUGCUCCAAAAUGACCAAAUACGUGAAACAAAAUCGGGGAACUGCUCUAGACACCAAGGAACUGUCAGCCAAGUUUACCACGGAUGUUGUUUCCAGCUGUAUUUUUGCUUGCGACGCGCAAUCAUUCACUAGCGAAAAGCCGGAAAUCCGUGAACAAGGACGUAAACUCAUCGAUCAAUCGUUCUCUUCGAUCGUGACUCUGAUUUUCAUCUUCAAUUUUCCAAAGUUGGCAAACCUUUUCAACGUAAGUUUCCUUCCAAAGUCAUUAGAAAAAUUCUUCACUAAUCUGAUGGAAGAAGCCAUACGUCACCGUGGAGCCAGUGGGACAACCAGAGCCGAUUAUCUGGACUAUCUAAUCAGCUUGAGGCAAAAGAAGCAAUUAUCUGAACUGGACAUGGCCGCUCAUGGAGUGACGUUCUUCAUCGAUGGUUUUGAAACUUCGAGCGUGGCCAUAUGCUUCAUGUUGUAUGAAAUUGCCAGAAAUUCUAAAGUACAAAAGCGAUUGAGGCAAGAGCUUCUAAAGGUCACUGGCGACGAUGGAACUGUAUCGUAUGACGUCCUUCUCGAGCUUCCCUACCUGGAUCAAGUUGUCAACGAAGGUCUUCGUCUGUGGCCACCAGCAGCUUUUCUUUCGAAGAAGUGUGUAGAACCGAUGGAGCUGCCUCUGACGGGAACCCGGAAUGUAACUAUUGAAAAAGAUGUAUGCGCCAUCAUCAAUGUCUGGUCUCUGCAUCGUGAUCCGGAGUACUACGCCGAUCCCCUGACCUUCGAUCCGGAUCGAUUUAGUCCAGAAACUGGCGGGACCAGCCCUUACCGAGAGAAGGGUUGUUUCAUCCCGUUCGGCGAUGGACCUCGUCAGUGUCUGGGAAUGAGGUUUGCUCGCAUGCAAGUGAAACGUUGCUUGUAUGAAGUGGUCAAAAAUUUCGAAAUCGCAGUCAACCCAAAAACAAAAGAACCCAUGAAGUUGGACCCCAAACAGAUCCUGACGAUGCCAUUUGGUGGAAUAUGGCUGGAUUAUGAACCGAUUUCAAACUAAGGUAAAAACUAAAACAAUCAUCUAUAAACUGAUGUUAAAAGUUAUUAUGAAUUUGUAAAUAUUAAUUCCUGGGUUUGCUAGGCUAUGUAUACCUUAACUAUGUUUGGUGCAUAUGAAGAAUUUUCGUUAUCCUGCUUUUUUGAUACGUGAAUAAAGAGCUCUCUUUUUAAUUUGUCUUAUUUAUUGGAAAUAAAUCAAAAUAAUAAGAACCAUA